GGAGAGAGAGACAGGGGAGUAGAAGAAGACAGACAACGCCAUUACUCUCUCUCUCUCUCUCCCCUCUUCCGCUCUCUCUCUCUCUCUAACAACUCUGAAAUUGGAACGAUCAGACCCCAUUUCACCGCGAAAUGGGGGGGAAGAGGGAUCCGUCAUCCCUCACAAUUUUUAUCGGUUCCCUAAAUAUCUAUACCUAUCUAAUAUAAGCGGAGCAGGGAGAACAGGGGUCCGUUGAAGGAGAAGGAACAGAGAGAAAGGGCAGGAGGAGGGGGCACAUUUAGCUUGCCCAUUGCUUUCGGAUCCGACUGCGUCGGACCCACCUACCCGAACCCGGUUUUCUCCCUCCCUUCUCGUGGGGGAGUUUGUGUGUUCCUGUCUUCUUCCUCCCCCCACAUCGCGAAGAGGGGGAGGCGUCGUCCUCGUCGUGAAAUGAGAGAGGAUCUGCUUCGGAAAGGUUCUGUUAUAAAAUGUACAAUCUGAGACUGGCAGUGACUGUAGAAGUUGAUGGGAUAACAGAUUCUCUCUCUGCCUAUCUUUCAGGUUCUAAUCCUUGUAGUUACUCUCUGAAGGCGCAGCAACUAGAGCUGAUUAGGCAGGACAAGCAAAGGACUCUUACUAAAAGGUAGUUAUUAAUUCGACACUUUUCAUUCACAAUGGGUGCCUGUGUAUCCACCCCGGCAAAACCAACAAAAGUGCAGAAGAGAUACCUUCGCCACCGCAAGCGCCGCGGGAAGAUUUCAACUUCUGCUCCCGAUAAAAUUAAGAAAAGGAGCAGCAAUGCUGGUUCUCGAGUCACUGAUUUUGCAGUGAGCGAGUUCAUUCACAUGGACUUUGAGAAAGGUGAAACAACCACCUGCCGAAGAUCCGAGGUUUCUAACUCGACUUUCCACUUGACCCAGUUGCAGUGGCACCUCAGUCAAUUUGAUGCCAAUGUGAUAUGCCAAGAGGAUGCUUGGUUCGACUCUGUCAGUAUAUUGGAGUCUGACUCAGAUGACGAUUUUAUUAGCGUCUAUGGAGAUGGGUUUCCCUUAACCAGCAAUGCCAUUGGGAACAUCACAAAUGGUCAAUUGCUUCAGUAUGAGACUUCAGCGUGCUUUGUAGACAGCAGGGGUACAUAUGAAGAAUUCGUCGGGAGCUUUCUGAAGAUAGACGGAGGAAAAGUGGAGAAUCCUCCGGGCAAAGAGGAUCAGAAGGAAUCAAAUGUAUUUCUCAUCAAGAAUGGUCAGGCUAAUGAGCUUUCUUCUGCCACUAAGCCCGGGGAAGUUUCCAAGAGGAGGAAGAGCUUGGAAAUAUAUGGGAGCUUCAAGGGUCUGAAAGAGGAUAACAGGGACUCCGAUGACAAAACCCAACAAUGUAUCCUGAAAUCUGGGUUAUCUCGUUUGGUUCCUUCAGUGAGCUUUAAUGAGAAGAUGUUAAACCAUCAGAAUAUUGUGCUGGGUCAAAGAAAGAAAUCAGCUGUCUUCAGGCUUUCUUUCAAGAGGAGAUCCUGUGAUGGGGAUGAGACCACUGAACAUCGGGCAUCGAAAAAAUUCUUGUACCGCCCGCGAGCAGGAAUGAUUAUCCCAUGCUGCACCAGUGAGAACAUGACCCCAGGAUCUUGGUCUGAGAUUCCACCCUCGAAUUUUAAACUCCGCGGGGAAACCUACUUCAACAGAGAUAAGAGAAAGUCACCGGCUCCAGAUUUCAGUCCAUAUACUCCAAUCGGAGUUGAUCUAUUUGUCUGUCCAAGAAAGAUAAACCACAUUGCACAGCACCUCGAGCUUCCUCAUGUAAAAGCAGAGGGAAAAGUGCCUCCUCUUCUAAUUGUAAAUAUUCAGUUGCCGACUUAUCCUGUUGCAAUGUUCCUUGGAGAUAGUGAUGGGGAAGGAAUGAGUUUAGUGCUGUAUUUCAAAGUUUCCGAGAAUUUCGAAAAAGACAUCUCUCCCCAGUUUCAAGAGAGCAUCCAGAAAUUAGUUGAGGACGAGAUGGAAAAAGUCAAGGGCUUUGCAAAAGAGUCGACAGUUCCUUUCAGAGAGAGGCUAAAGAUCAUGGCCAGCAUGGUCAACCCUGAGGAUCUCCACCUGAGUUCUGCUGAAAGGAAGCUCAUUCAGGCCUAUAAUGAAAAGCCUGUCCUGUCGCGUCCUCAGCACAACUUCUAUCGAGGCUCAAACUACUUUGAAAUCGACCUGGACAUUCACCGGUUCAGCUUUAUCUCAAGAAAGGGAUUAGAAGCGUUCCGAGAUCGUUUGAAGAAUGGAAUUCUUGACCUUGGCCUAACUAUUCAGGCACAAAAGCCAGAAGAACUUCCGGAGCAGGUGCUGUGCUGCUUGAGGUUGAGCAAGAUCGACUUCGUCAAUCAUGGCCAAAUACCUACACUGAUGAACCUCAACGAGGAGUGAUCGAUGAAGUAACCGGGAAACCCAUUAAACAUAAAUAAGAAAUCUUCCAUCCCCACAACCAUUGUCAUUCCCUUGACAAACAUUUCUUGUCUAAAAAGAGAUAUGGCUAUUAAAAAUGUAUGUUAUGUAUAAUAUCCGUUCGGAGUCAUCAACCCCCUCCUCCUGAGGAGUGGGGUCUAGAGAUGGAAUUACCCAAUAAUUCCUCAUCAUCCAAUGAAGAAGACACGGGAGCAUAUCUAUACGUGUAUUCAUUAAUUUUACCUCAAUACCCUUUAA